AAUAUAACAAUGAGCUGUGGCAAUAACUUGAUAAAGCUGCCUGCCUAUGUGUACGACUGUAAUGGAGAUUUGAGCUCUUGAGUGGUGACUUGAGAUAGAGAUAUGCCGAAGACAUUCCUAUUGGUUCAAUGGAAACGUGAGGAAAUGAAAGGGUGACUCCACAUACUAUAAAACCUCCCUCAAUAACGGACCAAGGCAUCGUGGACGGGAGGACUGCUUACGACUGACAAGUGUACAUCAAGUACUGGAAUCAUCGUAACUACAACACUUAUAAAUCAUGAGUGAGAGACCAGGAUCUGGAGCCAUGAGUGGAAACAGCAAACCUUCUGGACAAGAUGACUCCAAGAAGGAUGCUCCUGAGGAGGACUUUGCGGACAUCGACAUGAAGGCCCCUGAGACGGAGAAGGCUGCUGUGGCGAUCCAAUCACAGUUCAGGAAGUUCCAGAGCAAGAAGAAGCAGGAAGUGAAGUCCUAGAGUGGGCAGGACAGGGCCAGGCAGCUCUGUCUCCUAUAAGCUGGGACUGCACCAAUUGGGGGCUUGGUCUUGCAUGUCAAUCAAACCACACUGUUAUGGACUCAACG